UCCUACAAUGAUGGUCUACUUUGUGUUCCAGCGGAGGUCGCGGAAGGUGAUGUUAUUAUGUCUGUGAUGAGGCUCUCCUAGCGUUAGCAGCGGUUAGCAGAGAUCAAGUCAAACUACACUCCUCCAUUCAUGAGUACUUCGCGUUCAGUGGUCUUUAAGGUCUUUGAGAUCCACCGGCGCGGAGACUGGGGCGGAGGACCGAGACACAAUGCUUCAAUCCUGCAGGAUGCUACUAGCUGCUAGCCACCUACACAGCUAGCUGCUUGUUCUCCGAUAGCCACCUACACAGCUAGCUUCUCUCUGCUGCCAACAGCUAGCUCCUAGCUCCCUGACGUCCAUCGCAGCUAUUAUCACAGGGGCUACUGGUGAUUCAAAGGGUCGCAUCGGGGCUGUUUGUGUACAGCUGCAGGGACUGUUGUCGGAUCAGUGACCACACAUUGGCUAACGAGCCUAACGAGAACCCGAAGGACACGGAUGGACGAGGUGGCUCCAUGUCAACAAGACUGCUAAGUAGUUCAGCACACGUUUCCGAUACUGGGACUGGAUGAGUGAAGCUCUACUGAGCGAGGAGAAGGAUCGCAGUACACCCCCCUCCAGUAGGACCCAGCGGGACUUCGAAAACCCGGAUCCCUGCUAAAGAGGUCCCAGGCGUGUCUGGUCUCCUGUGUCAUGAGAUGUGCGGGUCUGAAGGGAUGUGAUCUGGACUGAUCUUGUCUCCCUGCGACCCGGGUCGCGGUACACCCAGGGCGCCAGGUAGAAGGACUCGGGGCGGCUCUGAGCCCAGGGGAGAAGUGCCAGGAAUCGGGUGAAGGGACUUCCAGAUGAUGGACGCCUCGUGUUGCUGUUUUGAAACUAGUCUUCCCCUUUCUACGGGACUGUUUUAAACCGCUGUCUGGAUUCUUCCCGUGAUCGUUUUCAGAUGCUGUUGGUUCUUCUGAGAUUUCAAAAUGGAAAACCAUGAGAGACCCAGCGGGAGUCACCCAGAGACCCGGAGGUGCAGCAGGCUGAUCCUCCUGAUCCACUGACGCAUUUGCUCUCUUUUUGUUUCUACCCAGAUUCUGAUCUCAUCUAAAGACAAUCCUUCUGAUAGCUUCUGGAUAUUAUUAUAGUACAGCUAAAGAUGUCGGGGUUCGCUGAGUUUGUGCCCCCCCCUGAAUGUCCAGUCUUCGAGCCAAGUUGGGAUGAUUUCUCCGACCCGUUGGGGUUCAUCAACAAGAUCCGACCCAUCGCGGAGAAGACGGGCAUCUGCAAGAUCAGACCCCCCGAGGAUUGGCAGCCUCCUUUUGCCUGUGAUGUUCAUAAUUUCCGCUUUACGCCGCGAGUCCAAAGACUCAAUGAACUGGAGGCUCUCACCAGGGUGAGGCUGAACUUCCUUGACCAGAUCGCUAAAUUCUGGGAGCUGCAGGGUUCAAAGAUCCGGUUCCCCCACGUGGAACGGAAGAUACUGGACCUCUACCGCCUCAGCAAGAUGGUGUCGUCCGAGGGGGGCUUUGUGACGGUGUGUAAGGAGAAGUGGUGGUCCAAGGUGGCCAGUCGCAUGGGCUUCCCCCCUGGCAGAGGGGUGGGCUCCCUGCUCCGCUCCCACUACGAGAAGAUCCUCUACCCCUACGAGCUCUUCCAGUCCGGAGCCUCGCUCACUGGCAUCCAGCGCCUGUACGAGGAGGGGGACGAGCUGGAGGAGGCAGACGAGGGCGUGGGGGAGGAGCCGGGCAUGGACGAGGAGCAGGAGGAGGAGGAAGAGGAGGAGAGGGAGAGGGACGGCUGCGAGCCGCAGAGCAAAGAUUCUCUCCUGCCCGAGCGUCGCUCCCGACGUUUGAAAUCCGAGAGAGAAAACAAGAAGCCCAAGGCUCUGAAGAUAUUCGGGGUGGACUCCAGGAUGGUGGGCUUGGAGAUCGUGCCAGCAGACGAGGGGCUCCACAAGAGGCAGCGACACCUCAAGGCCCAGGCGUUCGCCAUCAAGAUGAGACCCCGCAAGGACUCUCUGGAGGUCAACUUUAUCGACCUGUACCUGUGCCUGGUGUGUGGGCGUGGCGACGAGGAGGAGCGCCUCCUUCUGUGUGACGGCUGUGACGACAGCUACCACACCUUCUGCCUGAUCCCGCCCCUCCAGGACGUGCCGCGCGGCGACUGGCGCUGCCCCAAGUGUGUGGCCGAGGAGUGCAGUAAGCCCAGGGAGGCGUUUGGGUUCGAGCAGGCGGUGAGGGAAUACAGCCUGCAAAGCUUCGGCGAGAUGGCAGACCACUUCAAGUCGGACUACUUCAACAUGCCCGUUCACAUGGUUCCCACUGAGCUGGUGGAGAAGGAGUUCUGGCGGCUGGUGAGCAGCAUCGAGGAGGACGUGAUCGUGGAGUACGGAGCGGACAUCAGCUCCAAGGAGGUGGGCAGCGGCUUCCCCGUCCGCGACGGCAAGAGACGGCUGCUGGGAGACGAGGAGGAGUACGCCAACUCGGGCUGGAACCUGACCAACCUGCCGGUGCUAGAGCAGUCGGUGCUGACCCACAUCAACGCCGACAUCUCGGGCAUGAAGGUGCCCUGGCUCUACGUGGGCAUGUGCUUCUCCUCCUUCUGCUGGCACAUCGAGGACCACUGGAGCUACUCCAUCAACUUCCUGCACUGGGGGGAGCCUAAGACGUGGUACGGGGUCCCUGCCUCAGCCGCUGAGCAGCUGGAGGCGGUGAUGAAGAAGCUGGCCCCGGAGCUGUUCGACUCCCAGCCCGACCUCCUCCACCAGCUGGUGACCAUCAUGAACCCCAACGUGCUCAUGGAGCACGGCGUUCCCGUGUACAGGACCAAUCAGUGCGCCGGAGAAUUUGUGGUGACCUUCCCAAGGGCCUAUCACAGCGGCUUCAACCAGGGCUACAACUUUGCGGAGGCGGUCAACUUCUGCACGGCGGAUUGGCUUCCGAUGGGCAUGCAGUCUGUCGCCCACUACAGGCGGCUCCACCGCUACUGCGUGUUCUCCCACGAGGAGCUGCUCUUCAAGAUGGCCGCCGACGCCGAGGGGCUCGCGGUGGAGCUGGCGGCCGCCGUCUUCAAGGAGAUGGGGGACAUGAUGGAGGAGGAGACGCGCCUACGCCAGGCCGUGCAGGAGAUGGGGGUGCUGUCGUCGGAGCAGGAGGUGUUUGAGCUGGUUCCCGAUGACGAGCGGCAGUGCCAGAAGUGCAAGACCACCUGUUUCCUGUCGGCGCUGACCUGCCCCUGCAGCCCGGACCACCUUGUGUGUCUGCACCACGCGUCGGACCUCUGCAGCUGCCCAAUGGGAAACAAGUGUCUUCGGUACCGUUACGACGUGGAGGAGUUCCCCUCCAUGCUCUACGGGGUUCGGACCCGCGCGCAGUCCUACGAAACGUGGGCCAAGAGGGUCUCCGAGGCGCUGUCCGCCGACCAGAAGAACAAGAAAGACCUGAUUGAGCUGAAGGUGCUGCUGGAGGACGCGGAGGACAGGAAGUACCCGGAGAACUUCCUGUUCCGCCGGCUGCGCGACACGGUGAAGGAGGCGGACACCUGCUCCUCCGCCGCCGCCCUGCUGCUCAGCCGCAAGAGGACCAGCAGCAGGCUGCGUGUGGAGGGCCCCAGGAGCCGCACCAAGCUGACGGUGGAGGAGCUGAAGGCCUUCGCGGAGCAGCUCUUCAUCCUGCCCUGCAUCAUCAGCCAGGCACCGCAGGUCCAGGAGCUGCUGGAGAACGUGGAGGACUUCCACGAGCGGGCCCAGGUGGCUCUGGCGGACCAGCUCCCCGACUCCUCCAGGCUGCAGGCCCUGCUGGACCUGGGCAGCAGGCUGGACGUGGAGCUGCCCCAGCUGCCCCGCCUCAAGCAGGAGCUGGGGCAGGCGCGCUGGCUGGACGAGGUGCGCCUGACCCUGUCGGAGCCCCAGCGGGUCACCCUGGAGGAGAUGAAGCGUCUGAUCGACUCGGGGGUGGGGCUCGCCCCCCACCACGCCGUGGAGAAGGCCAUGGCGGAGCUCCAGGAGGUCCUCACCGUGUCCGAGAGAUGGGAGGACAAGGCCCGCGCCUGCCUGCACGCCAGGCCUCGCCACAGCAUGCUGACCCUGGAGGGCAUCGUGACGGAGGCCCGCAGCAUCCCCGCCUAUCUGCCCAACGUGCUGGCCCUGGCCGACGCCCUGCACAAGGCCAAGGACUGGACGGCCAAGGUGGAGUCCAUCCAGAACGGGUCGAGCUACGCCUACCUGGAGCAGCUGGAGAGCCUGCUGGUGCGGGGCCGAUCGAUCCCCAUCCGGCUGGACCCCUUCGUCCAGGUGGAGUCCCAGGUGGGCUCGGCCCGCGCCUGGCGGGAACGCACCGCCCGCACCUUCCUGAAGAAGAACUCCACCUACACCCUGCUGCAGGUGCUCAGCCCGCGGGGGGACAUCGGCGUCUACGGCAACAGCCGCAGCAAGAGGAGGCGCGUGAAGGAGCAGCAGGAGAAGGAGCGCGGCGGCGGCGGCGGCGGGGGCUUGGACCGUGAGGCCCUCAGCGACCUGGACGAGAGCCUGGAGGAGGGGCGCGACCCGGCCUCGGUGGUGGCGCGCUUCAAGGCCAAGGAGCAGAAGGAGGCGGAGUCCAUCCACGCCCUGCGCGCCGCCAACCUGGCCAAGAUGGCGCUGGCGGAGCGCAUCGAGGAGGUCAAGUUCUGCCUGUGCCGCAAGACGGCCAGCGGCUUCAUGCUGCAGUGCGAGCUGUGCAAGGACUGGUUCCACGGCGCGUGCGUGCCCCUGCCCAAGGCGGGCGCGCAGAAGAAGGCGGGCGGCGCCGCCGGCUGGCACGGCAACGCCAAGGACUCCACCAAGUUCCUGUGCCCGCUGUGCCAGCGCUCGCGCCGGCCGCGGCUGGAGACCAUCCUGUCGCUGCUGGUGUCGCUGCAGAAGCUGCCCGUGCGCCUGCCGGAGGGGGAGGCCCUGCAGUGCCUGACGGAGAGGGCCAUGGGCUGGCAGGACCGCGCCCGCCAGGCCCUGGCCACAGACGAGCUGUCGUCGGCGCUGGCCAAGCUGUCGGUGCUGAGCCAGCGGAUGGUGGAGCAGGCGGCGCGCGAGAAGACCGAGAAGAUCAUCACCGCCGAGCUGCAGAAGGCCGCCGCCAACCCCGACCUGCAGGGCCACAUCCAGACCUUCCACCAGGCGGGCUUCAGCCGCGUGCCGGCCGUGCGCCAGCCGCCGUUCGCCGACUACGACGACGAGGAGACGGACUCCGACGAGGACAUCAGGGAGACCUACGGCUACGACAUGAAGGAUCCAGGGGAGGUGAAGCCCUACCUGUUCUGUGACGAGGAGAUCCCCGUCAAGUCUGAGGAGGUGGUCAGUCACAUGUGGCCCGCGGCCACGCCCUCCUUCUGCGCCGAACACGCCUACUCCUCCGCCUCCAAGACCUGCGUCCAGAGCGUGGCCACCCCCAGGAAGCAGCCCCGGAAGACGCCCCUGGUGCCGCGCAGCCUGGAGCCCCCGGUGCUGGAGCUGUCCCCCCAGGCCAAGGCCCAGCUGGAGGAGCUGAUGAUGGUGGGAGACCUGCUGGAGGUCUCCCUGGACGAGACGCUGCACAUCUGGAGGAUCCUGCAGGCCACGCACCCCCCCUCGGAGGAGCGCUUCCUCCAGGUGCUGGAGCCCGGCGACUCGCUGCUGGACAAGCCGCUGAAGCUCAAGCUGAAGGAGUCGGAGCGGAAGCGGCGGCGGAAGCUGGAGCGCGCCGAGCAGCACCACAUGCUGAUGGCGGCCGUCACCACAGGCGACCUGCGCCACGCCAAGAGCAAGGAGCUGAAGAGGGCGGGGCUGGAGCUGGGGCUGGCCGGCAAGGCCAAGAAGAAGAAGCUGAAGGCGGGCGUGGAGAAGAGCCGCGAGCUGAAGCAGCUGGCCAAGCGGCUGGCCAAGGAGGAGAAGGAGCGCAAGAGGAAGGAGAAGGCGGCGGCCAAGGUGGAGGGCGUGAGGGAGGCGCCCGACAAGCGCAAGGAGAAGAAGAUCCUGGACAUCCCGUCCAAGUACGACUGGUCCGGCGCCGAGGACUCCAACGACGAGAACGCCGUGUGCGCCGCCAAGAACUGCCAGCGGCCCUGCAAGGACAAGGUGGACUGGGUGCAGUGCGACGGCGGCUGCGACGGCUGGUUCCACCAGGUGUGCGUGGGCGUGUCCUGCGAGAUGGCGGAGAACGAGGACUACAUCUGCGUCGACUGCAACUGCAAGGCCCAUGUGGUCGUGUCGGCGGCGGGCGGCGUUCUCGGGGGCGGGGCCACAGCGGCGGCGGUGGUCCGGGUGGAGGCGUCGUCGUUGGCGGCGGCGGUGGAGGAGAGCGUGGUGGUGCUGGUGACGUCGGCGUGCGGCGGCGGCGGCGGCGUGCCGGGCCUCCCGUCCGCUGUCCACACGCAGACGCUCGUGGCUAGCCUCCUCCCAGGGGGCGCCGCGGUGCUGCACGGCGGCCAGCCGGGGAGCUAACGCUCUGAGUGACACAUGGACCGGUUGGCCAUGAGCUAACACCCGGAGGACCGCAGACCGGUUGGCUAGCUCGGGAGCUAACACCCGGAGGACCUCAGACCGGUUGGCUAGCUCGGGAGCUAACACCCGGAGGACCGCAGACCGGUUGGCUGGCUCGGGAGCUAACACCUGAUGACUAGACACAGGUUGGCUAGCUCGGGAGCUAACAUCCUGAGGACUAGACACAGGUUGGCCGGCUUGUGAGCUAACACCUGGAGGACCGCAGACCAGUUGGCUAGCUCGGGAGCUAACACCCGGAGAUCUGCAUUGUUGGCUAGCUCAUGAGCUAACACCCAGAGGACUGCAGACCGGUUGGCACCCAUGAGCUAUCACCCGGAGGACCGCAGACGUAGCUCGCUAGCUGGCUUUUUUAGCUAAUAUUCUGAGGACCGUCUAGUUGGACAGUACUCAGACACACACACACACACACACACACACACACACACACACACACACACACACACACACACACACACACACACACACACACACACACACACACACACACACACACACACACACACACACACACACACACACACACACACACACACACACACACACACAUUCUCUCUUACGAAUGACACAUGCAGACUGCACGGUCCACCCAAUAAUAACACAAACAACACUAAAUGUAGCAAAAACCAGCCCUUCCAGCCCAAGGACGUGUUUGACGGUGAGAGAGAGACUCUGAAAGCCAGAGAGGGAGGACGCGCCACCUUCCUCCUGGGUGAUGAUGAUCAUUUGAGCUCCGAGCUGCUCAUAACUCCGAAGGGGGAAGUGAUGUCAGAACAUAAGCCAGUGGAGAGCAGAACCAAUCAUCGACAUCGAUCGUCUGUCUGUGUUUAUUCAUCUCUCUGACCCCCUGUUACAGGUAACCAACGUCUCUCGUCUUCUUCAGUAUACAUCACGGAUUGUUUCUGGUUCUUCCUCUGAGUAGCUCUCUCCGCUCCUGGCGCCAUUUUAGACCCAUCGGUCGGCCAUGGCGGACCCAUCCAUACGCCAUUUUGGAUCCGUCUCUGCCCCAUUCACCCUAAAGCAGUUAGGCUUGAACACGCCCACUUCACUACUCGACAAACCGCUGUGACGUAGUGAAUAAUUUAUAAUGUACAUAUAUGUUUAUGGCAAAUAAUUGGAUUGUGGCUUUUUUUUAUUUACCACCUUUAAUAAACUAUUUCUAGUCAAACGAGUUGGAUGAAGAGUCUUUGGUCUUUCUUUGUGGGACCGAUUUUACGCAUCUCCACUGUCUUUAGAGCGUUGGUUCCCAACUUUAGAUCGAAAAAAAAUACUUUCCCACAUCAUACAAAACUGAUUUCAGCCAAAAAAAACUGAAUGACUCAUGAUUUUCAGCCAUGCGUACGUUUACUGGCACAUUGAUGUCCUAUGAAUUUGAUGUCAGAUUUCGGAACCGUUAAAACAAUGUGUCAAAACGUGCAAAGAAACGCAAGGAGUUAAGGGCCCGAGAAUCUCCGGAGCUUAACCUUUGUGUCGUGUUCGUUUCUCCCCCCUUACUUU